GCUGGAGCAGAGGAGGGGAAGCCAUCCUGGCAGCUACUGGAUUGCUCUCGGAUAGUGAAGGCAGGGCUUGUGGAGCCUGGAGAGAAGAAAAAGCUCGAAGAUAACCCUUUGGUCUUCAAUGGAUGGCCUGAGCAGGGGGCGCUCAGCAUCUGAUCCCCAAACCACCCUGGACCGCAGAAGGAGCGAGUGGAGAGGACACAACAGGGGUUUGCUGGCCCAAAUCCAGUGCCAUUGUUCUACCGGAGGAUCAUAAAGACCCAUUUUAUUACACUGGCUGUUCAAGAAGUUGUGUGCCUUUUGUGACCAUUGUCAGGAUACCCCUCAUCUUCUGAACCUCACAACUCUAGUCUCCUACAUUGGAUGUCCUAAGGAGAAGAUACAGAGUAUUUUCAGAAGUAGCCCACUGUAUCUGGGAACUGGAGUCUACAUUUGGAAACACAAAAGAGAGUAUAAACAGUGAAAGACCCACUGGGGACCUGGAGGAUGGCCUUUUCCAUGAGACUGACUUUUCUGUUCAAAGCUUUAGCUGGCAAAUUCCCAUUAAUCACAGUGACUUCACAAUAUUAAAAAAUCAUGAGAGUCGGCUGUCCGACGUCCUACAGACUAAGUUUGGCUGUAUCUCCACUCUGAUCUCUCCAGCCCUGGCAGGUAACAGCCAGCCUCUUGCUCAGCAAGUCUUCAGAAAAAGGCUGAGUCCUGGACUAGAGUUGUCUGUCUGGAAGGAUGACCUCACCAGACAUGCUGUUGAUGCUGUGGUGAAUGCAGCCAAUGAAGAUCUUUGCCAUGGGGGAGGCCUGGCUGGGGCCCUGGUGAGAGCUGGGGGCCAUGAAAUCCAAGAGCAGAGCAGACGAUGGGUGGCCAGUUAUGGUAAAGUACCAGCUAGUGAGAUAGCUAUCACUGGAGCAGGACGGCUUCCCUGCAGACUGAUUAUCCAUGCUGUUGGGCCUCGGUGGGAGGCAAUGGAUUCACUGAGAUGUAUUGAUAAAUUGCAAAGGGUUAUUGCCAGAAUUCUGCAGUAUGUGAACUAUGAAAAUACAAGCAUUACGACAGUUGCAAUUCCAGCCCUGAGCUCUGGAAUUUUCCAGUUUCCUCUGGAUUUGUGUACGCAGACUAUUUUACAAACUAUUCAGUGGUAUCUUCAAGGGAUGCAAUUGGUUAGUAAUUUGAAAGAAAUUCACUUGGUAAGCAACGAGGACCCUACUGUGGCUGCCUUGAAAGCUGCUUCAGAAGUCUUCCUAGGGGAGAAUGAGCUGGGCCCCUGGAUGAGUCAAGAAACCACUCCUCCUGUCAGUAUUCACACAAUGCAGGGGCUGACCCUACAGAUUAUCCAGGGCCACAUUGAACAGCAGACGACAGAUGUGAUUGUUAACUCUGUAAACCCAUUCGAUAUUAAAAGCGAACCUGUGUCAAAAUCAAUUCUACAACAGGCAGGAAAUGAAAUAGAAUGGGAACUUACUGACAGAAUACCUAAACUGCUUUCAGUUUCCAAAUUUGUACUGGUCACAGAAGGAUUUGAAUUGUCCUGCCGAUAUGUAUUUCAUGUACUGUGGCAUUUAACAUAUCCUAAACAUCUGCUAUUGAAAAAUGCAGUAAAGGAAUGUUUGGAAAAAUGCCUUGAGCUAAAUAAAACUUCCAUUUCCUUUCCUGCCCUUGGGACUGGAAGCAUUGGUAUAAAGAAGAAUACAGUAGCAGAGAUCAUGUUUGAUGAAGUUUUAACAUUUGCCAAGUACCAUUUGAACGAAAAACUAACUGUGAAGUUUGUGAUCUUUCCAGAGGAUCUGGGGACAUAUAAGGCUUUCAGUGCUGAAAUGGCAAAGAAAUCCAAGAUGCUGAGUCUCAACAGUCAUAGAGUCCCCCACCAGUGGACCAGAGAAGACCAAAGAGAAAAUGGGCUUAAAGAUGGAUCCCCUGGAGUCAAUCUUAUGGGAUUCAACCUGGAAGAGAUGCAUGAGGCUGAAGCAUGGAUCCAAAAGAUCCUGACCUCCCAGGACCACCACAUCAUUGAGAAUAAUCACAUUCUGUACCUUGGGAAAAAGGAACAUGAAUUUUUGUCUGACCUCCAAACAACCACAAGUGUCUGCAUCUCAGAAGUUAUCAGCCUGGAAAAGGCAAAAUUGGAGAUUAAAGGAGCUCAGACUGACUGCAUUGAGGUGGUUCUGAAGAUUGAACGUAUGCUGUGUGAAGUUCAGGAGGAAAUUGUAAGAAAAAAGGAGCAAGGUUUUAAGAACUUGUCAGGACAAUGGACUGAUCAGCAAGGAAAACCCCAAGAUGAAGUGAAGGAAGUGAAGAUCCUGUUUCUGCGAUUCCCAGUGCUUUUAACACAAGAACUUGAGGAGCAAAAGAAACAGUUUGAAAAACAUGGUUUGCUGGUUAUAAAGGUGGAGAAGAUAGAAAACAUGGUUCUUACGGCUGCCUUCCAAAGAAAGAAGAAAAUGAUGGAAGGGAGAACACACAGGGAGCCUGUGAGCCGCAGGCUGUUUCAGCAAGUCCCACGUCAGUUCUGCAACGCGGUAUGCAGAGUCGGUUUCCAGAGAUUGUACUCUGUGCCCUGCGACCCAAAAUAUGGAGCUGGCAUAUACUUCACCAGGAACCUCAAAAACCUAGCAGACAAGGCCAAGAAAACACCUGCCACCGAUAAGCUGAUCUAUGUGUUUGAGGCUGAUGUACUCACAGGCUCCUUCUGCCAGGGUCAUCAAUUAAAUAUUGUCCCUCUACCACUGAGUCCUGGAGCCAUAGAUGGUCAUGAUAGUAUGGUUGACAAUAUGUACAGCCCUGAAACCUUUGUUAUUUUUAGUGGCACACAGGCUAUGCCCCAGUAUUUGUGGAUAUGCACCCAGGAUCAUGAACAGUCACAGGAUUAUUCAUCAGGACCAGUGAUGUUCUCUUCACAGCAGCCUUGGGGGAAAUUCUCAAGAAGCAGCUCUGUUGACUAAUCUUGACAUCAUUUUAAUGACUCACAUGACCUUGGUUUAGGGGAAAUAACUAAAUCAUAACCACCAGUGACUCAAAGAGUGGUCUGAACAUUGCAAAUGAGUCGUCCAUUUGGAUUGAUUGGAUUAUUGGAAGGACCAGCAAUGUAGUAGGAUCUUAGUGCUUUCACCUUUGUCUUUAUUUCUUGGGGCUAGGGUAGAAAGACACCAACCAAAACACUCUUGAGACUGUUCCUUUUCCUUGUCAUUAUUCUUUCAUCUCUUUUACCUUAGGUAAUAGCAAAAAUUUUACAUGCAAUAAAGAGAUUUUUCCAGAAUAUAAUCCAAACCAUUGAUUUUCUAAAAUGAUGAUAUAAAAUAUGACAGCAGAAUGAUUUUAGAUUUUCUAGAGAAUUUUAUAAAGUGCUUUAAAUAUCAAAAUAAAUCACCUUUGAGUAA